UCGAAAGAGCUCAAUGUUUUCCUGGAUGAUGGAAAUUCGCCGGUUUUGGCUGCAAAAUACGACGUCCAUCAAGGAAAGAAAACGAUCAAUUUGUUAAACCAUGUCGAACCCAGUGACACUGCUGAGAAGGUAUUAGUGUUCUUCAAGCUUCGUCCGGAGGCCAUUACACCAGACAAUGUCCACGAAAAUGUUUUCGUCUCUUCGAUGCUUUCCUCGCCGGUGAACACCUUGUAUCAUUCCGUGCAGAAAUUAUUUGCUCCUUUGCUGCUAAAGGAUGAAAAAUGGAGCCGAAAUUUUGACCCGAAAUUGCAGAGUUUGUUGAGCGAACUCGAAGCUGGGCUAGGAAGUGUAGUACGUAAACAGGACAGCUCAUCUUCGCGAGCAGCUAAUGUGGGCGAUGAAGAAAACCUCGGUGGUAUUUUGACUCCUCAAGACGAGUUUCAAUACUGGUCAGACGCAGCAGUAUCAGGCUAUGAUCUGUCUGAGAGGGAAAGAGCGUCUUUUUUCCAAGAAACUUUUCAGAAAGGUAAGCCGCCAUCUUAA